UGUGAUUGGAGCAGUAUUGUGGACACAUCGAGACAACUCGACCAUGUCCGACAUCACAAAGGAGCCGUGCUUCCGAUCCGCACUGCUGUGGGGCAUCGCAACAGGGGUUGGCAUUGGUCUCCACCGCUUCCGCGUCACAAGGAAGGUGCAGACAGCUUGCGACUUUGCAUUGUACUCGUUUGUGGGUGUCGCCGGGGUCUCGUGGGUCGUUUGUCGAUCUGCUAAAGCUGCCACGCAACAGCAACAACAGCAGAUUCUUCAGGCAAUGAACAUUGCGGAAGAAAAGCGGCCUUCCGCGCAGUACUUUCGAUCGGAAGUGGUCUCUGCGCCGUCCGACACCCCGUCAUCCUCUUCAUAGAUCAAUCACAUCGUUUUUCGGUCCCCCGCCGGACGCAGUCUACCUUUGCAAGCACAAAUGAAUGCUCUCGUACACACGAGUCGUUGUUUCGGUGUCCCGUCGACAUUUACGCUCAAAUUAAGAGGAAUUCCCCUUCCGUUUCUAUCUCUAGAGGUGCGUGAUCUUCGUUCUCAUCGUUGUUGC